AUGAUACAGCUCAUCUCUAUUCAAGGCAGCGCAGUACGGUUAGUUCUAAGGAUGUUAUACUUCAACUUCUUCGUCUACGCCCUCACAUAUGGACUGAUCCUUACGUUAUGCUUGCUGAUGAUCUAUCAGCUUCACUUCCACCCAUUGAGAGGAUUCCCUGGUCCUUUUUGGGCGAAAAUUACUGAUGCUUACGGGGGCAUCAAUGCUCUCACAAAACGGGCUCAUCUCGCCACUUAUCAGAACCACUUACAAUAUGGUCCUGUAUAUCGGCAAGCUCCCAACCGACUCAUGUUUAAUUCCGUGGGCGCACUGCAAGAUAUCUUUCUCAACCCGGGAGUGACCAAAGGCCAAGCCUACGUUGAUUCUCGCCUAGUUCCGAGCCCUAGUCUUUUUGACACCUUAGAUCAGGCAGAACACGGCCGGAAGCAACGCAUCAUUGGAAAGGUUAUUUCUGAACUUUCUAUGCGUAGCUUCGAGCCCGUGAUGAAUUCUCAAGUGGAUAUUUUCCUCUCAGAAAUUCUCAAAUCAGCCCGGAAGGGUGCGGUGGUCGAUGUUUCGCCACGGUGCUCCCGCCUCGCGGCAGAUGUUAUCUGUCAUCUUGGCUUUGGCUAUCCCCUGAGCACCCAGACCGAAGAGACGAAUCGCCCACUUCUGGAAGCGUUCUCACAAGUCAGCGGUCGCAUCGCCUUGUAUAUGAAUUGGCCUUCCACUUCGAAGCUUUUGGACGCCCUUAUCGCCUGGUUGGCUCACAAAGCUUCUGAAGAUUUUCGUAAGUCCAUACAGAAUAUGGUUGAGGCUCGAAUGGCCUUGGACAGAGAUGCGAAGCAUGAUCUGUACAAAAUAGCGUUGAGCGACAAGAAAAGCAGCGAUGAAGGCUUGCUUGAAAGUGAGCUCUGGGCAGAAGCGGUGUUCUUCAUCACAGCGGCUUCAGGUGGGGCCACUACAUCAGCGCUCAUGAGCGCAGUGCUUUUCUAUCUCUCCAGGAAUCUCGAGAUCUACCACAGGCUUGCUUCCGAAAUUCGAACCACUUUCUCCUCUGGCCGCGACAUUCGCAGUGGUCCACAGCUUGCGAGCUGCAAAUUCCUUCGCGCCGUGAUCAAUGAGACGCUGAGAAUGUCCCCUUCAUCUAUCGGCACAUUAUGGCGCCAGCAGGAUCUCGCGUUACCGUCAGAGGUUGGCAAACCGUUCAUUGUCGACGGCCAUGUGGUCACUCCAGGAACCAUGGUUGGCCUCAGCCCAUACAGUCUCCUACAUAAUGAGAAGUACUUCCCAGAGCCGUUCAUUUUCCGACCCGAACGACACUUGGGGACUGAAAAGGGCAGUGAGACUACUGACACUAUGCGUGCUUUUGCUCCGUUUGCAGUCGGAAGUAGGAGCUGUGGAGGUAGAGCUGUAGCGUAUCUCGAGGCAAGUUUAACCGUAGCGAAGACAAUCUGGUAUUUCGAUUUUGAGAGAGCAAAAGGCAAAGCCGAUGAGCUUGGAGAAGGCGGUCCUGGUCUAGGGAAGGGAAGGGAGAGAAAGAGUGAGUUCCAAGUUUACGAUGUCAUUACGGCUGAGCAUAAAGGUCCAAAUCUGGUUUUCAAGCCUCGAGGACAGCACUGGAAGGAGUUGGUAGAGCAAGUAUGA